UGCCUUCAUCUUCAUCUUCUUGCACGAUAGUGAAUACGACAUGCGUUUUGAAAGUCACGUGCUGUUCUUUCUUGCACGUGUGAACACCAUCAAAAAGCGUUCUCUCCUCUACUCUUCUCUUUCGUCUUUCUCCAACCAAAAUAUGAGUCUCGGCGAUGAUUUUCCUCUACAUUCAUACACCACCGAGCACGACUUCAUCGCCACCCUCAACUCCGCUUUCCAAUCCCUCAGUUUCAACAACACCACCACCACCACCAACAGCAAUCCCCAUGUCCUCUCCGAACCCAAACCCAAAUCCAAAUCCAAAUCCAAAAAGCGUUCGGACCCACAUCACAACUCAGACGAAAACGACCAAUGCGGCCACCCCGAAAUCCAAGACAACAAGUGCAUCAACUGCAAGAAAAAACUCCUCGACGACAACUUCGGCGUGUCGUUCAGCUACGUCCGCAAAGGCUUACGCUUCAGCCACAAAGAGAUCGCUCGCCUUCGCGACCUCCAAUCCCACGAGAAACUCAAGCACAAAAAGCUCGUCUUGGUUCUCGAUCUCGACCAGACCUUGAUCCACGUCACCACCUCGUCCAAAACCAAACAAUCCCAAACCUCGUCGUCUGGUAACGACCACUUCACAUUGAAUUCGCUUCAGAAGACAGUGAAACUGAGACCCUUCGUACGGCCUUUUCUUAAAGAAGCGAGUACGAUGUUUGAGUUUUACAUAUACACUACGGCAGACAAAGCUUACGCAUUGGAGAUGACGAGGUUGUUGGACCCAGAAAACGUUUACUUCGGUACGAGGAUUAUCUCUCGGGACGAUAGUCCUCGGAGUGACCAAAAGAGCCUCGACCUUGUUCUCGCCCCCGAACGAAUGGUUCUAGUACUUGAUGACACCGAGGAUGUCUGGUUGAAUCAUAGGCCUAACUUGGUUUCCAUUGAGAGAUACACUUACUUUGGUUCAUAUUCAAUCACCGAUGAGAGCGAAACCGAAGGCGCGCUUGUAAAGAGUCUAAGAGUGCUUAAACUGGUUCAUGGUUUGUUCUUUCACAAGAAAUUGGAGGUGGGUUUUGUGCAAAGAGAUGUGAGGGUGAUACUGCGAAUGCUACGUGGUGAGGUACUCAAAGGGUGUAAUGUGUUUAUUAGCAAUUUGGACUCCAGGGUUUGUGUUAUGGCGGAGGAGUUGGGUGCAAUGCGUGCUAUGGAGCUUGAAGAAUCGGUGACCCAUGUGGUUUCUUUGGUUGUGGGAUCAGAGGAGUGUCUGUGGGCUGAGCGGGAGAAGAGGUUUUUGGUUCAUCCCAGGUGGAUUGAAGCUGCCUAUUACCUGUUUGAAAGAAUGCCUGAACAGGAUUUUCCCAUUAGCCUCAAAAAGUUUAGUAAUGGAUGUGAGCUUGAGAACUCCUUUGUUUGCCCAAGACUUGUGUUUGUCUUGUUCCUAAUUGAGGUGGAAGCUACCAAUUGCGGUCUCCUCAAAGAAUCACUGGCAGUAAAUUGGUGUAUGUCAUGUUGCUUCUUACGGAGACUAUUGUCAAUUUGUCAUUUGUCGAUGAAGUCCUUCCAAAAGCAGUUCAUUGGCAGUGAGGUUUGUGAGACUACACCUUGCUCACCUCAUUUAAAGAAACUUCCAAGAUUCACCAUGAAGAUAAUUUCCGAGAGGGGUUUUCCACAAGAUGACUAUGACGACUAUGAUGAUACACUUGAAGAAAAUACUGAGGAGACUUGUGAACAUCUAUGUGUUUAUAGAGGAAAGUGUGUGAGCUGUGAGAGGCUAGCAUUCAAGAACGUUCAUCAGGGUAUGUGGUUGUGGCUUAACAAAGAAGAAAUGGAUCGGAUUCGGAAGGUCGAGUCGGAGAAAUUGUUAGAAGAUAAGAAGAUGGUUUUGGUUCUUGAUCUAGAUCAAACUCUGAUUCAUUCAACAGAACAAGAAAAAUAUCUGAGAACUCCUCAAGAACUCAUGCAACAUGAGUUAAGGGAUAGCCUAUUCCGUCUGAGUCGACCUUGGGAAAAGAUGAUGCUCAAGUUGAGACCUUUUGUUCAUACUUUUCUGAAAGAAGCGAGUACCAUGUUUGAGAUUUAUAUGUGUACAACGGGUACACGAAGCUAUGCGUUGAAAGUGACUGAGUUUCUUGACCCUGAAAGAGUUUACUUCAAGUACUCAAGAAUCAUUGCACGUGAAGAUUUAUUUGAAACAGACGAAAAGAGUCUUGAUCUUGUGCUAAGGGAGCAACGCAUGGUUCUUGCUCUUGAUGAUACCAAGAGCGUGUGGAGAAAGAAUGAAGUAAACUUGAUUCUUGUUAAGAAGUAUCAUUACUUUGAUUCAGAUGAUGACUUGAGUCAUGUAUCUCAUUCUGCAUUGGAAACUGAUGAAGAUGAGACCAUUGGCACCCUCCCCGCUGUUCUUGAAGAACUUAAAGUAAUACACAGACUGUUUUUCAACCCAAAAUUUGAAGCUGGUUUAAGUCAUAGAAAUGUUGGAUUAAUAUUUGCUCGCCGUAGCGUUCUUCGAGGGUGCACAUUAUCCUUCAAACAUAUUUUCCCUUCAGAUUUUAUGCGUGAAAAUUCGCGUCUCUGGUUGAUGGCAGAGGAGUUAGGGGCCAAAUUUUCAAUGGAUAAUUUGUUAUACCCCAUCACGCAUAUGGUCACUUGGUUUGCCACAGCGGAGGAGUUUCAGGAGGCAGAGCUGGAAGAAUUUAUUUUGGUCCAUCCAAAGUGGCUACGUGCUUGCUACUAUGCAGUCAGUAGGGUAUCUGAAAACGAUUAUCUGAUUAAGCCGAAAGAUUAGUAGUUGAGAUGAUCUUUGUUCACUUCUAUUAGCAGCACAGGUAUAAUUUCCAAUUCUUUUGCAGUUGGUGAAAUAGGGGAUUUUUCUUUUCCUUAACAAAGAAAUUCAGGGUUCUUUA